AUGGUCAACGAAGACUCUACGGCCUUUCUCGAAUCGAUCUUGGGCAAGACGCUCCACGUAACUAUUGAGGAUGGGCGUUUGCUUGUCGGGACUUUCAAGGCUACGGAUCAGGAAGCGAAUAUUAUCUUGUCAAAUACGUUUGAGUACCGCAAGCCAUCAGCCAAGGAAGAGGCUCGAGUGCUCGCGGAAGCGGCGAACGCUAAGGAAGGUGCAAAGCCAGCACGAGCAGAUAUGUCGCAGCGAUAUAUAGGCCUCGUCACAGUUGGCGGAGAUCAUUUUCGCAGGAUUGAACUGGAGGACAAGGUCUUUCCAGGACAAAGCUUGCCAACGCGAUCCAAGACUUGA